AUGAACUGGUUCAGCCGAGCGAAACCUACUGAAGAAGCAGCUGACGAGCCCCAGUCGGUUCGAGCCUUGCCCGCAAUAUGGUAUCGCUCGCCUGGCAUGUACGAGCUCGAGAGACGGGCCAUCUUCUCACAAAGGUGGAUGCUCGUUUCUCAUAGAAGCCGCUUCGUCGAGCCAGGCGACUUUGUUCAGAUUACUGAGGCAGGAUUCAACUUUUUCCUCCUCAAAGAUCGGAAGGGCGAGAUCAGAGGACAUCACAAUGUUUGCCGUCACCGAGCAUAUCCCCUCGUGGAGAAGGACAGCGGACAUAUGAAUGUGCUAGCGUGCAAGUAUCAUGCUUGGUCUUAUGGCUUCGACGGUAAGCUGGCCAAGGCGCCCAAAUACCAAGAGCUUCCCUCCUUCGACAAGACAAAGAACAACUUGUUCAAAGUUCACGUCCACGUAGAUCACCUAGGUUUCAUAUGGGUGAAUCUAGAUGCAUCAGAAGAACCGAGCGUGUCUUGGCAGGAAUUCUUCGGUCAAGUUGAUGAGCAACCACGACUGAAGCCAUAUAACAUGGACGACUACACGUUCGACCACGCUUGGGACAUGCUCGGCGAUUACAACUGGAAGACGCUGGCAGAUAACUACAACGAAUGCUACCAUUGCCCCACGGGUCACCCAGCCGUCAACGCUGUCUCGGACCUCUCCAAAUACUGGGUUGAGACGCAGGGCAACUGGAUAAAGCAUUGUAAUGUCGACAAGCCCGAGACCGAUGGUCUGGGAAUCUACAGCACGUUCUACUAUCCCAAUACCUCCAUGACAGUAUCGAAGGACUUCAUGUACAUCAUGCGAUGCGUCCCCAUCUCCGCGAGCCAGACCAAGAUGGAGUACGAGGUAUACCGGCACAAGGACGCCAAUGAGGAAGACUUCACCAAGAUCUCCGAGUUCUUCAAGCAGGUCCUCAGAGAAGAUAAGGACCUGUGCAACGGCGCGCAGAAGAACCUCAACUCGGGCAUCUUCUUGAAUGGCGAAUUGCAUCCGCGAGUUGAGAAGGGACCCUUGUUCUUCCAGCAGAUCACCCGGAGCUUGGUCAUGUCGCAUCGGGAGAGGGAGGAAAAGGAAGGAGAGGAUAUCUGGCCCGCGACUCCCAAGCACAUUACAUCGGCAAAGACUGAAGAAGAUGUGUCGUUCUGUAAAGGGCUUGACUGUAACCCCGAACUUGAUGAAUCGCACACGCAGCGAAGCCUACCGAUGACGUUGACCCCGAUCUUCCUACUUUUCCCAACUCUUUGCUCAGCAGCAGCAGCAGUCACCUCCGCCGCGACAAAAGGCUGGGUCUCCGAACCGAACGGCCGCGGCACCUUCGGCCUGAUCUGUUCCUGCGUCCUCACGCUGACCAUCUGCGUCUGGACCGCGCUCCACCUCAACGUCCCCGCCGCCCGCUCCACCGUCCGGAGCCGGGCUCUGGAGCGGGCCAAGUGGGUCCUCUACGGCAUAUUCGCGCCCGAGAUCGUGGUCGCGACGGCGGCGGCGCAGUACAUCGUGGCCCGGUGGUUGAAGCGGGAGAUCGAGAGGGACGCCGAUCACCGGCGCAAUAGCGAUGAUGGCAGCGGCAGCGCGGCGGAGAACGGGGGGCUUUCUAGGCAUACUUGGGACAUGACGCAAUGCUUUUACGCUGUCAUGGGCGGGUUCGUCGUCGAUCGGCCGGUCCCGGGGGAGGAGAGUAGUGUUCGGAGGGCCACGAUUACACCAGAGGGUAUCCGACUUCUUUCUUUCAUCGGGAAGUUGCCUGACAUCCACGAGUCACAGAUCCAGGACAAGAGCAAGGCGGACUGGAUGGCCAAGUCGCUCGUGUGCAUCCAGGCCGGGUGGAUGGUGGCACAGGUCAUUGGUCGGGUGAUUGAGGGAAUGCCGGUGUCGCUGCUCGAGAUCAACACGUGCGGGCAUGUCGCCUGCGCUGUUCUUUUGUACCUUCUUUGGUGGAGCAAGCCGCUGGAUGUCCUCGACCCCACGGUUCUCGGUGAUGGCCAUGAUGAUUUUCUGGCCCUGAUGACUGCGUGCUCGUCCAUCAGCGCGGUCGAUGGCGUCACCGAUAUACGCUGCUUCAUAUACCCACCUGCAGGGUUUGCAGAUGGAAACGACGCCGGAAACGUCGGAGAGAAGAGCAAAAGAGGGCUCGUCACAACGCACCUAUCCAUUGGCUCACCCGGCUCGAGGGACCCGUCAAGAUUUCUCGGCUUCGGGGUCAGCGACCUUCGACCAAGUGUGGCUCUGACGACUCAGGAGUACCGUAAGGGGAGAGUUCCCCGCACAGCGUACGAAUAUCACAUCGACCGAACCAAGCAGACCGUCGCAACCGAGUGCUUUGGAACGUACUUCACCCCGGCUUACGAAGGCCUCUCGUUGCGACAUAGUAAUGUUUACUGUCGCAGGGUCUUUCCGGAUGUUCAGAAGACAGCUGCGAGUCACAAGCCUAUAGACCCUACGUAUUUGGCGCAGAUCGCCAAAGCAGCGGACAGGCUGUGGUCUCAGUGCGUUAAUCGUCAGACGCAGAUGUACCACUCGUACUAUUUCACCACGGUCCCGACCAUUGGCGUCUUCCUCGGCGAGACGGACUACCUGGUGCCUCACAUUGUCAACUUCCCGUCCAUGACGAAUCUCGGACUUGGGCAGGUCAACGUCCACCGCGACGCCCUGCGGUCCGUCUUGGCCAUGACGGCGGCGGCUUACGGUGGCCUCCACCUCUCAGGCUGGGUCGAUCAUUUCCCCACGCGAGUAGAGCGCACGAUGUGGAUAGUCUCGUCUCUCAUCAUAGCGUGUUCAGGUGUGCUGCUCUGGAUCUUUUUUCUUGCCCGCCAGGUCUGGCCACGGUUCGACAUAUUUGUCUCGGGGGAGGCGCCAGGAGCUCGUUUGACGGGAUUCGUGAACCAAAAGCCGUGGUUGAAGAGGGCAAAGUUACGGAUAUUGGGUGCCGUGCUCGUUGUUUUUGCUGCGGCGAGGGUCUUCUUGGUCGUUGAGGCGUUCCUCAGUCUUCGAGACGCCCCCGAAGGAUUGUAUGAGACUCCGGAGCUGUCCAACUUCUUUCCUCAUUUCCAAUGA